AUGGAAUCCAAAACCGUUAGAUUCCAGGAUGUUCCCGGCAUCGUACCAGUUCUACUCUGGAUCCACGGUGGCCAGUUGCAGACCGGAAAUGGGAAUUUGGACCCAGAAGUCGUCAUCGAGAGAUUUGUCUCCAGAGGCAUCAUCGUCGUCACUGUACAGUAUCGACUUGGAUUCUUAGGAUUCCUGAACAAGAACAUUGAGAGUUUCGGCGGUGAUCCGGAUGCGAUUACGGUAGCAGGGCAUUCUGCCGGCGCCUCGAUCGCCAGUUGCUUGUAUUUAAGCGGAAAGGCUGAUGGCCUCAUCACACGGCUUAUUCUGGCCAGUGGUACUUCAGAAUCGGCAUUCGACGGAUCCUGGGGCUAUCGCGACGUUUCGGCAAAAUUGAUAAAAUCGGCCACCUACACGGAUAUUCAUGCGAAAAACCUUACAAAAUCCGAGCUGGAGGAAGUGGAGAGCUACAUGGAAUACAGGGAGAUUGAUGACGUCCUGGAACAUUUUGAUCAGAAAAACUUCCUCGGCUGGCCGUUGGUCGUGGACGGCGAGCUGUUCAAAGACAUCCCCAAGGUGAUGGCCGAGAACUUCAACGCGAGCCUGAAUUCUUCGAGGCCGUUAGAAGUGUUCCUCGGUGUUACCCGAGACGAGUGGGCGGCUUUUGAACUGAAGCUAAUGCUGGACGGCGUGAAAACGCUCGACCCCGCCAUCUACAACUGGCGGAUGGUGGUGAAAUUCGUGUCCAAGAUCCUCGCUUUCGCCUUCCCGAGACCUGAAAUCACCUCAAAGAUGCGGAAAAUGGUCGACGGCUAUGGAUUCUCGGCGAUGAAUCCUAAUGUGUCUUCUUGGGUGGAGACAACGAUUGAUACGCGUUCUUUGCCUCGCGGACAAUACUACCAAAAACUUGGAGCCAACGUGUACCUCUACGAGUUCACACAACCAGCUUCGUCGUUUUUGAUUGACGGUUACAAACCCGUCCUGCAUGGAGAUGAUCUUUCCCUAUUAUUUGGAAGAAAAGGAGGCAUGGCCGGCCGGGAGAUGGCCAGGUUGUGGACGGAUUUCGUGAGGGGAUUCCACCCGCAAUCGAGCCGCUCGAUACAAGCCGGUGGAAUUACGUCGAGAUUGAUGAUGAGGGAG